UGUUGCAGUUGUCAAGAACGCUGCUAUGAAUCACAGUAUUCUUCAUAAUAUUUGAACAUCUAUUUUCAAUAAAUAAAAGUUAAUUUAAAUUAAUCGCUUGUUCGAUUACAAUUUUAUUUUUAAUUACUAUGAAUAAAUCUCGUGUUGAAAAAGUGGCAGCGGUAUGUACAGCCAUAUCGUUUAUAUUUUUGCUUAUUGCAUUCACCACGCCCAACUGGCUUGAAACUGACGGAAAGUUGGAAAAGCCAAAAUUCGAACAACUCGGUUUAUGGCAAAUAUGUUUUAAAGAAUUUCAAGAUGUCAGGCACUGGUAUGACUACGAGUAUAGAGGAUGUUCAUGGAUUUUCAAAGAAGACUCCAAAAUCAUUUACGAAACGACAUUACCAACAUUUUUUCGUGCGACUCAAUUCUUUUUCACAUUAUGCAUUACGUUUCAAUUAUGUGGCAUACUUUUGGCAAUACUUUGUUCAUGUUAUUCACGACAACAAAAGAAAUAUAAUAUAUUAAUGUGGUGUAUUGGAAUAAGUUUCACUAUAGCUGCUACGUGUGGAAUUGUGUCUGUAAUAAUAUUUGGAGCUAAAGGCGAUGGUAGGGAUUGGAUGCCUAAUUGGGAGCACAAUGAUGUUGGUUGGUCAUAUGCUUUAGCUGUUGUUGGAAGUUUUAUAUUAUUAGCAGGUGGAAUUUUGUUUCUAAUUGAGGCCAGAAGGUUUGCAAAGAAAAAAGAAAAAUUUUUGAACGAUGACAGUCAAUUUCAUAGUAAAAGUUAGUGAUUUAGAAACAUGUAGAUACUGUACUUUAACAAAGCAUGUAAAUGUAAUUUCCAUUUUUUUAUUAUAAAA